AUGUCAGCAUCUACUCAAUAUCCAAAAACAAAUAUUGUUAAGCUCAAUCAACCUUCUUCAUCGGCAGCAGCACCAUCAAGAGACAAUACUGGUGCUGAUGGAAAAUCCACAAAUAACUAUCAUCACCAAAAUAAUAAUCAUAACAAUAAUAAUAAUACGACAGCAUCGACUGGAGCUACAACAACAUCUUCAUCGGUACGACUGCAGUCGAGUAAAAUGCGCGAUCCAAAUGAACCACAUAUUGGCAAAUAUCGAUUUAUCAAGACCAUAGGUAAAGGUAAUUUUGCUAAAGUUAAAUUAGCUAAACAUAUUCCAACUGGUCGAGAAGUCGCUAUAAAAAUAAUUGAUAAAACUCAACUCAAUCCGACAUCAUUACAAAAAUUAUUUCGCGAAGUAAAAAUAAUGAAAGGACUUGAUCAUCCGAAUAUUGUUAAACUUUUUGAAGUAAUCGAAACGGAAAAAACACUUUAUCUUGUUAUGGAAUAUGCUAGUGGCGGUGAAGUAUUUGAUUAUCUUGUUGCACAUGGACGUAUGAAAGAAAAAGAAGCACGAGCAAAAUUUAGACAGAUUGUAUCGGCUGUUCAAUAUCUUCAUCAAAAACAUAUUGUACAUCGUGAUCUUAAAGCAGAAAAUCUAUUACUCGAUUCAGAAUUAAAUAUCAAAAUAGCUGAUUUUGGCUUUAGUAAUGAAUUUACACCAGGAAAUAAAUUAGAUACAUUUUGUGGUAGUCCUCCAUAUGCAGCACCCGAACUAUUUCAAGGAAAAAAAUAUGAUGGACCUGAAGUUGAUGUUUGGAGUUUAGGCGUUAUUUUAUAUACACUUGUUAGCGGCUCAUUACCAUUUGAUGGACAAAAUCUCAAAGAAUUACGUGAACGUGUUUUACGCGGAAAGUAUCGAAUUCCAUUCUAUAUGUCAACUGAUUGUGAGAGUUUACUAAAGCGAUUUCUUGUUUUAAAUCCAACACGACGUGCUGCCCUUGAAUCUAUUAUGAAAGAUAAAUGGAUGAAUAUUAAUUAUGAGAAUGAUGAAUUAAAACCAUACGAAGAGCCAAGUCAAGAUUUUAAUGAUAACUUUCGAAUAGAAAUUAUAAUACGAGAUGGAAAUUAUACUCGCGAACAAGUACUUGACUCACUAACUUCACGUAAAUAUGAUGAUGUCAUGGCAUAUUAUCUUCUUCUCGGCAUUCGAACAAAUGAAAAUGAAAAUGCUGAAGUUCAGUCAGGUAUAACAACAACAACAACAACAACAACAACACCAAAUACAACUAAUAAAGGUGUUACAGAUGCAUCGAAUACUCCUGCAGCAUUAGCUUCUAAAAUUGUCUCAUCAAGUACACGACCAUCAACAACUAAUGAUAAAGAAAAUCUUCCAUCUAUUGAUAAACAAUAUCGACCAAUAACAGCCGUUGUGCCGUCUGGUAUUAAUGAUCAUAUCAAUGGCACAACAACUAAUGGAAUCAACAAUACAUUAUUAACAUCGUCAAGUAUUGAUACAUCAGCUGCUAACAAUGGUCAACAUUUAUUAUUAAAAACAAGUGCAAGCGGUGGUCCACCAGUAUCACCUAUGAUAGCAUCGAAUUCAAUAACAAAUCGUACAAACACAGUUGAUAAAAUUCGUUCACAAACAGUUCGUUUACCUGGCUCAGGUGUUCGUCGUCGAGAAACACUUGACCCUGUACCGGGUGGCAUGGCAAAUAGAAAAGUUGAUCCUAUGGACAAACCUAAAACACCAACUGGUGAUAAUACAAGUUUCGAAAGUCGUAUUCCCCGUUUACCUCAAAGUUUCAACCGUAGUGCUAUUGAACCAUCAUCGCCAUCUACUGCUUCUCAAUUGCCACAUCACUUGUUGCGUGCAUCAGUACGCGAAAAUCCAAAAUCAGCCAGCUUAUCAGCACAACAACAGCAAACAUCAAAGUUUCAAGAUAAACUCAAAUCUAGAAAAACAUCGGCGGCUGUACCAUCAUCAGCAAAUAGCAAUACCGGUUCGAUUCGAGUUUAUUCGAGUCAACAACAUUCAGCUACAGUCAAUUCUCUAUUGGUGCAAGCUUCAACUACUGCCAAUGCUACUGUUACUACUGCACCUGCUCAGCUACCACUCGAUACGCCUAGUGCACCACUUGCAUCUUCCACUAACACACGCGCCGAGAGUGGUGGUAGUGGUGACGGUGCACUAUUGAAUCGUUCUGCGCCCGAUCGUAAAACUAUUCAUAGUACAUUUCCUUCACGUCAAUAUCAAGCAUCUUCAACCACUGCUGAUUACCGAGCAUCAACAAGAAAUCCAAAUAGUAGUACAACGGGUUUUAGUGAUGGCAAUAAUCGUGCUCAGCAACAUGCUGGCGGUGCUUCGAGCAUGAUUGGAGGCACAGGAAGUGGGGCUCAAUCAUUUUUAAGCAAGCUUUCAUCUAAAUUUGCACGAAGAAAAUCUAUUCGAGAAUCGGGUAUGUCAUCAACAACGACGGGUGGUGGUGGCGGCGGCGGCAGUGUUGGUGGUGGUACCAUCGGAAAUAAUACAUCAAAUAUGAGUGCAAGUAUGGCAAGUGCAUCAUCAUCCUAUCGUCGAACAGCAGCCGAUCAGAACAAUACAAGUAUAACAACAAAUGAAGGGGCAGGAGUGACAACGAAUGAUAGUGUUGCUUCAGGCGGUGGUGAUAUUAAACCACGUUCACUUCGUUUCACAUGGUCAAUGAAAACGACUAGCUCGAUGGAUCCAGGAGAUAUGAUGAAAGAAAUUCGAAAAGUUCUCGAUAUAAAUAAUUGUGAUUAUGAACAACGAGAAAAAUUUCUUUUACUUUGCGUACACGGUGAUCCAAAUACAGAUUCAGUUGUAUCAUGGGAAAUGGAAGUAUGCAAAUUGCCACGUCUAUCAUUAAAUGGUGUUCGAUUUAAACGUAUAUCAGGCACAUCAAUUGGGUUCAAAAAUAUAGCGAGUAAAAUCGCUAAUGAACUCAAAUUGUGA